AUGACGAAGUUUGUUGAGCGUGGUAACUUUGUCUUCAUUUAUCCAUUUGUGUUCGUUGCUGGUGUAUUAGUACGUCUUUUGGUUAGAGCAGCUACUCUGGAAAAUGAAAGAAAAACCCAUUAUUUGUUAACUUCUAACAAUUUCAUCAACCAAAUAUUUGCAUAUCAUGGCAACGAGAUUUGGACAGUGCUUUUCCUUUUAAUGACUAUAUUACAAAUCCGGUUUCGGGCGUUUGAGGUAACGUCGCUCCCAAGAAACGCAAGAGACGAUAAGAUUGUGGAUUUUAAGAGCUUGUUGAAACAAUACUUUAGCAAAUUUUUACUGAAAUUUGGAACCUUGUUUCUCGUGUUUUGUCUGAUAGAUGCUAUUUUCAUAUUUACUGGUGGGUCCUGCUCGACCAGUAACACUUUUUCAGCAGAAAAAUGCAGACGGCAGGGUGGAGACUGGACCGGUGGGUUCGAUAUCAGUGGCCAUUUUUGUUUUCUCACAAAUAUCAGUCUUAUACUGUGGAUGGAAAUUUCGAGUUUCCAAAAAUAUGUUAACGACUUGGGCUUACAUGUACCAUUCGUCUGGAAAUCUAUUCCAUACUUGGUUACCUCGGUUUUGGUGCUUUGGACAGGGAUGCUCUGUGUGACCUCGGUGUUCUACCAUACGCUUGGGGAAAAACUUCUCGGGCUCAUCUUGGGCUAUACGUGCCCAGUGGUCAUGUAUCGGGUGGUUCCGAGUAACGCAACUUUGCGCAAAUGGUUGUAUUAG